AUGGGUGUGCUGGCAGGUUACAACGGCACCAUCUUCGCCUAUGGCCAAACAGGAAGUGGAAAAACCUUUACAAUCACAGGAGGUGCAGAACGCUACAGUGAUCGAGGAAUCAUCCCUAGAACGCUUUCUUACCUGUAUCAGCAUUUCAGCAAGGACAGCACUACAAUCUAUACGACCCACAUAUCUUACCUGGAAAUCUACAAUGACGCUGGCUACGAUCUACUGAAUCCCCAACAUGAAGCAUCUCGUCUCGAGGACUUACCGAAGGUGACCAUCAUGGAAGACUCAGACCAGAACAUUCACCUUAAGAACCUGUCGUUGCAACAAGCGGCUAAUGAAGAGGAUGCUUUAGAUUUGCUUUUUUUAGGAGACACUAAUCGUAUAAUUGCAGAGACUCCCAUGAACCAGGCUUCCACACGUUCUCACUGCAUCUUUACCAUUCACCUGUGCAGCAAGAAACCGGGUUCAGCCACAGUGCGAUGCUCCAAGCUUCAUCUGGUAGAUCUAGCUGGAUCGGAAAGAGUAGGAAAGACGGGUGUGGGGGGUCAAAUUCUAACGGAAGCCAAAUACAUCAACCUGUCGUUGCACUAUCUGGAGCAGGUCAUCAUAGCUUUGUCAGAGAAGAAUCGAUCCCACAUCCCCUACCGUAACUCCAUGAUGACCUCUGUGCUUAGGGACAGUUUGGGUGGCAACUGUAUGACCACUAUGAUAGCAACUGUGUCUGUGGAGAGGAUGAACAUUGAUGAGUCUAUUUCCACUUGUCGUUUUGCUCAAAGAGUGGCUUUAAUUAAAAAUGAUGCUUUGCUCAAUGAAGAACUAGAUUCUGCUCUUUUAAUAAUUCAUUUGAAAAAGGAGAUCCAGUCUUUGAAGGAAGAGCUUGCUCUGGUUUCUGGAGAGCAACGGAGUGAUGAGCUAACUCCAGAGGAAAUCCAGAAGUAUAAAGCAGCAGGUUACCGAUCAGCCUCCAGGGAGCACAGCCUAAACUCACUGCAGCACACAGAAGAGAGCACUUACUUCAUCAGAGCACCCACCUUAAUCCCUCACUGGUUUUGGUCACUUGUAAAUAAAUCCACCCUCCGGGGGACUUUGCUUGAGCUAUCCUUGUCGUGUGAUUCUUCACCCCGUUACACUGGUGGAGAAUGCGAGCAUUUCAGUCAUAGGCGGGCGCUCCUCCCCAACAUGGAUGAACUUCUCCAACUGGUCGCCGAGGUUAGCAUCUGCCAGCAACAAAUAGUUGAGCACCUCGCCAACCACCAGGUUGACAACAAGCAGGAGCUCGCAGCACUGCAUGCCGCUCACCAUGUUCCACUGCCGGAUCCCUGGGCACAAGCCGCCAAGUUGUUACCAAAGAUGUUCCCCCAAGAUGACUUAGAAGCAUACUACAAAUGCUUGAAACCAUGGUCACCAAUGAGGGAUGACAUAGUGAUGACUGGGCACGGGUGUUGGACACCCCGUUGA